AUGGCUGCUGCUGCUGUCGCGUCCGGGGCCACCACAGGCCUCAUUGGCAUGUGGAAUGGGACCAAGGACGGAAGGUCUGAUGGCUACGUCGACUGGUCGAACGGUGUGACCAACGUCAACGACCCGAAGCAGCUCGAGAUCGAGGUCCAGGACAUCCGAACGCUAAGCCCCACUCCAUCUUAUGAGAAGGAUGGGUACGGACUCGUCCAACAUCAAUCAUCGUUGACUACUGAGGAAUUCCUCGCGGGCAGCACGCCUGAAGGCAAGGCCAUCAUUGAGGACGUCUACUUUAAGGAGGUUGCCGAGCUCGUGAAGAAGAUCACGGGCUCCUCCAACGUGCACCCGUACGUGUUCCGCGUGCGCCAGAACAACCAGAAGCCGGGGCAGUUCACGACCAAGAAGCUGUCGCACACGGCGCUGCCGGUGGCGCACGUCGACCGCGACGACGUGACGGGCGAGAAUGGCGUGCGCGAGGUGCUGGGCGACGUCGCCGACGAGCUGAUCGCCAAGCACAAGCGCUACGCCCAGGUCAACAUCUGGCGCACCAUUGGCGACCCGAUCCAGAAGUGGCCGCUGUGCUUCGUCAACCACGCCGACGUGCCCGACUGGAGCUACAAGACCCACAUGGCGCGCGUGUUCCCCGAGAACGACCCCCGCAUAGCCAUCCGCGGCGAGAAGACGCACGAUAGUGUCCUGAAGCACGACCCCGGGUACAAAUACCACUAUGCCAGCAACCUCGACGUCGAUGAGGCACUUGUCUUCUCCUCCUUCGACUCUGACAUGAGCAAGGUCAUCCCCCACGGGGCCUUCUGGGAUAAUUCGAGCUCGGAAGACGCACCAACAAGACGUUCCAUCGAAGUCCGUUCCUGGGUCUUCUUCGAUUGA